CAACUCUGUUGUAAUAAAAAACAAAACUCCAUUGGACAGCGAACGAGGACGACGGAGAUGGAGAGAGAUUUAUUUUCAUAUAAUAUUUAUAUAUAAGCAAUUAAUCGUCAGCAUCUUAAAGGGACGAAGAAGAUCCGAGACUUUGAACACAACACUCUCUUUAUAAUGGAAGGUGGAUCCCCAGACCAGGAAUCAAUUGGGUCUGGGACAAAGAGGUCCAGUGUUUCAUCGGGCAGUAGGCCACGUAAUCGCAAGGAGUUUCUUAAUAGAUUUGUUGAUGGUGAAAUUCUGACUACAAAAAUUGAAGAUUGGUUUAUUUCUAUUUCAGAAAAGUCAGCUACAAAAAGAGCACCAUUUGAUGUCCCUUUUGAGUUGAUAGAACUUCAAAAAUUUGAUUAUGCACUGGAAGGAGUUUCAUUUCAACAGUUGACUAGGAUGCCCAAUGCUGUUUAUGCUUCAACAUCCAAUGCGGUUGAAGCAACUGCUUAUCUUGCUGUUGAGGAUUUUCUACAUGCAAGUGUGAAGGGCUUAUGGGAGGCAUUUUGGAGUCAAGAUGAACCCAUGCCUUUCUAUGUUGCCUCUCUGUAUGAUGCAAACUUGAAAUUCUACCAGGCCGAGAAGGCAAUAGCAAAUGGGAAGCUUGGAGGUCUUUGUGGUACUGGUGUAUUGCUCAAGAACUCUAGACAUCCACAUGGAAAGUGGGACCACAUUCUUGAAUUGGCUCUGUUAAGGCCUGAUAUUAGAAGCCUUGCUGUGGAUAGUGAUCGGCAGCCUUCUUUGUCUAUUCUAGGGGAAGCUCUUUUCUAUGCCCUUCGUAUAUUAUUAUCAAGAAGCUUAAGUAGAUUGACUUUUUCUCUGAGCUCAAACACAGUGUUUGUUCUUCUUGUCGAUUCUCAGUAUGGUGGGGUUGUAAAAGUUGAAGGUGAUGUAAAUAAAUUGGAGUUUGAUGUGAAUAAUAUUUAUGACUGUGCUGCUGAGUGGGUAAAAAAGCAUUGUAGAAUUGCAGUCUCACCAGUCGAUAGGAUUUGGAACAAGCUUGGAAAUGCCAAUUGGGGCGAUAUCGGUGCUCUACAGGUACUUUUUGCAACUUUCCACUGUAUUGUCCAAUUUGCUGGAUUUCCCAAGCACUCAAUUGAAGAUUUAGCUGCUGACCAUGGUCCACGCCUCCAAACAAGAAGAGUUGAGAGGCAGUUAGGGGAUACAAAGGUUAAUGGAAAUGGUCUAUUUCGGUUCCAGCAGCAGAAUGCUUCUCCUGAAAUUGUUGAAGUUCAGGAUGAAUCUACCAAAUUAGAGUCUGAAGAGUUAAUGAGACUAAAAGUAGGAUCUGUACUAUGGUUGGAGGAUUCAAACUUUCAAAAGGGUUAUCAGAUUAAUGAAGUCCUCAGUAAUGGUGAACUCAGAUAUUACAUUGCUUCACCUGUUGAAGAGCCUGGAAAGUCUCUUUUUGUAUAUGUUGGUUCACAUCCUUCUCAGCUGGAACCAGCUUGGGAAGACAUGAGUUUAUGGUACCAAGUUCAGAGACAGACUAAAAUAUUGACAGUCAUGAAACAGAAAGGUUUAUCUAGCAAAAAUCUGCCACAGUUAAGUGCUUCUGGGAGGAUUGUUCACCCUGGUCAGUGUCAGAGGCCCAGCUCUGGUGGGAACUGUGAUCACCCUUUGUGUGGCACACCAAUUCUAGUGACCAGCCCAGUUGGUGAAACGGUUGCAGAUAUGGUAAGUGAAGGCCUGUUCAGUUCGGAUGAGGCUAUCAGGUGUUGUCAUGAUUGCCUAUCUGCACUUUGUACUGUAUCUUUUGCUGGAAUUCGGCAUGGAGACAUCCGGCCAGAGAAUGUUAUUUGUGUUAGAUCUGGUGUGAGACAUCCGUACUUUGUCCUUAUUGGUUGGGGACAUGCUAUACUUGAAGAUAGGGACCGCCCUGCUAUGAAUCUUCAUUUUUCAUCAACUUAUGCUCUGCAGGAGGGGAAAUUGUGCUCAGCAUCAGAUGCAGAGAGCCUGGUUUACAUGCUUUACUUUUUGUGUGGUGGGGCUUUGCCUGAUUUGGAUUCAGUGGAAGGGGCACUACAGUGGAGAGAGACCUCUUGGUCAAGAAGAAUAAUUCAGCAGAAGCUGGGUGAUGUGUCAACAGUGUUGAAAGCAUUCGCUGAUUACGUUGAUAGUUUAUGUGGGACACCAUAUCCUAUAGAUUAUGAUAUAUGGCUAAGAAGGCUAAGAAGAAAUAUUAUUUAUGAGGAAGAUCAUGGAAAGGAAAUUGACACAACUGGCUAGGACUUCAUUAACUGAUGAAAGUGGAAGUAUUCAUUUGUAUCACGAUCCAAUAAUACUUGGAAGUCAUUGGGCAGGUGUUGGAUGAAUUGACAGAAUCUGAAAUAAUUGAAAAUGACACAGCAAGUUGGCCGAGCAUCUUAAGGUAAUUCAUAUGCGGUUGUUAGCUGGCAGGCUGCUGUGUAGGGGAAAUCUUUUGCACUUGAAAGAUGAUACUGAGUAUAAAAACUUUUCCAGGAUGCUUUCUGGUGUGGUCUCGGAAAUUAAUAUGAUACUCAGCUUCUGUAGAGCUUUGGAAAUUUAGUUUUUAUUUGGGUAUUAUAUUAUAUUGUAUUCGUCAUUCCUUGUAAAAAUAUAGGAGCCAUUAGAUUGCCCGGAAAUAUGUUGUAGCUAUGUCUGAGAUUUAUUGGCUCGAAUCACCUGUAAAGGGUUUGUGAUAUUUUGUGUUUAUCGGCUUUCAAUUAGCAUUACAUUCAUGUA